AUGGGCGAAAAGGCUACAGCCGUCACUCAUGCUCCAACGCAAGACCAACCACCGGACACAGUACCGUACUCUAUCUUCACCUGUGGCGAAAAGCGGUGGAUCGUUUUCCCUGUCGCAUACAAACAGAUCUUACUUGACUCAAAUGAAGCUCAAAUCGAACAAGUCAUCAACAGCAAGUUUUGGAGGCUCAACGGAUGUUCAGCGGACAAGAAUGCCCAGCCUUAA